GGCAGAGAUGGGGCGAAAUGUUGUGAUCUGCCACCUGUGGUGCUUCGUCUUGCUGGUAUGUGGCCGUGUGUGGGGUGAAUCUCCAAUAUUGACGAACGAUGACGACGCUGUGUACACGAAGCUGACGUACACGGAGAUCACGGAGGCCUUCGAAGGGCUGGCGGAGAAAUACCCCAAGCUGGUCAAGCUGGAGUCAGCUGAAGAAAGAUACGGCAAGUACAAUGUCAAGACCUCGCAGUGGAAAUGCGACGACCUCCCGUGAGUGAGAAUGGAGAGAGGAUGACAAAGGGAGGGCCCGGUGAUGGAGGCAGAUGCAGUGUUUGUGCUGGUUUGUGUGUGUGUUGGGCAUGCAGGUGUGACAUAAUGAUUGUUCGACUGGGGAAUAACGAGACUCUCACGGCCAAGACUCCUGAGGUCACAGACAGACAGAGGCAGAGAGGCAUCGACGGCGGCAUGAGUGGAGGGAGACCCGCUCCCCGUUGCAUUGAUUGUGCAGGUGUAUGUCAGUGGUGCGCUGCAUGGCAAUGAAAGACUGGGUACGGUCCGCAGGCAGACAGGCAGGCCGAUAACGCGGUGAGUGAGUGAUUGUGAUGGUGUGUCCACCAGGUCCCCCCGUGUGCACAUACCUGGCGGAGUUUCUGUGCGAGCGGUACGGCAAGAAUGACAAGGUCACAUGGCUGGUGAGUGAGGCCUCUCACACAAGGCAGGCAGCCAGGGAGGGAGGGAGGGAGGCACAAAUGGGUGCAUGGGCCCCCACCUCAAUCUCCAUUGGGUUCGCUCGGCGCCGUCUGUCUGCCUUUCCGUGCGAAUCUAAGUACGAUUGAGAAACAGACACUGUCUCGGUCUGCCACUACUCACGGGGGUGUCCACAUCAGUCUAGCGCUAGACACGGCCGCCCACCCAGCUGACCGAGAUACAUACCAUACACACACGUGUUUCCUUCCUGCACGCAAUGCCUGGCUCGUUCACCCGUUGUCACACACAUGUCUGGCUGGUUGUCUGUCUGUCUGUCUGUCUGUCUGUGUGGUGUGCUGUGCACGUGUGUGUCUUGUUUGUCCAGAUGGACAAUCGGGUUUUGUGGAUGACGCCCAUGACCAAUCCCAUCGGCGUGGCCAACGACCAACGGGUGUGCGUCGCCAGGACAGACAGGAGAAUCCCAUAGCCAGAGAGAGGGAUUUUGGUUGCGCUUGUGUGUGGUGUGUGAAGGAGGAGAACAACAUCGACCCGAAUCGUGACUUCCCCUACAGGGCACCCCCAGACGCCUGCAUGGCCACCAUGACGGUGAGCUUGCAAGCACGGAACGGCACCUCAAGCACAAACUCCAUCAUCGGUCCUCUCUGCCUUGUGUGUGCCAGGCCCGGGCGGUGAAUGAGCUCUACCGCGAGCACCUCUUCCGUCUGGGCAUCACUUUCCACGGAGGUGAGGUACCCACCACACCACACUAGCUAGCUACCACACGCCACGGUGGAAAGUGUGAUGGUCUGUCUGUCUGUCUGUCUGUCAGGCCAGCGUGUGAUGGCGUACGAGUGGGGCUCCUUCGACCAUCUGGAGCGUGACCCAUCGGCUCCCUCGGGGUACAGUUCCACCGAGCCGCCCGACGAGCAGACUCAGGUGGCCAUCGGCAAGGCCAUGCAGGCCGCAGCGGGCAGGGAGAAGAAUGGCGACUUCUGGUACCCGCUCGGGGCCAUGACCGACCUUGUCUACGCUGUCGACGGAGGUACACACAGAGGUGGUUGGCUGACGCGGGAGGCUGUCAUUUGUGUUGGGUGUUGUGUGUUGGCAGGGAUGGAGGAUUGGUCAUACGCUGCCAGCUGGAAGCCAUCAGGGGACCCUAUCACGGUAGGUGCACGAGAUGACACACACACGGCAUGGGACUCUCGGCGGUCCGAGUGAGUGAGUGAGUUGUGCUGUGUGUGUGUGUGUGUGAGCAGGUAUGCGAUCCAUCGGCGAAUGGUGGGUACGACAAGGAGCGGACAAAGUACAACGAACACAUGGUUCGGUAAGUAAGCCAUCCAACCUGCCAGCCACAGGCACAGCGCACAGAGAGACAGGCACCCCACCCUGUAGGUAGAGUAGAGCGGUCACUGGGCGGGCGGUCAGUCGGUCAAGUUGCCAUUGACUGAUUCCGUCGUUCAGGUGUCUGCUGUUCUUGUUUGAGAUGGACAAGAGCAAACAUCCGGAAGAGAGCACAUACGGUGGGUAUGCACACACACACUCAGGCCAGGAAGCCACAUACGGAAGCAGAGAGGGUGGGGCGUGCUCAUCACUUCCCACAAUAUGUGUGUGUGUGUGUGUGUGUGUGUGCUGCCCUGGACCGACCGACGGACACUGCAGGCAAUCGGGCAGAGGUGGUCAAAGCGUCGGCGUAAGAUGACUGACGGCGCACUAAGCCCUUUGUCUUCGUCCGCAAAGCACUUUACUUAUCUCUUUCUCUGUUGUCUGUCUUUCAUCAGCACUGACGGCCACAUUGCCCGGAACAUGAGAUCGGUCCUCAAACUCAUGGGUAAACCCACACACCAAAGCCACACACACACCUCGGUGGCUCUCGUGUGUUUCAUUCAUCUGACUUGUCAGAGUUGGUAGAUCCGUAUGUGGUGUUCACCCAGCUGCCCCCCAAGGAGGUGCAGCCCAACGACCCGGCGUCCAUUGCCCUCCUGCCCAUAGGGUGCGUCAAGGCUACAUCACUCAGACUGCGAAUGGUCAAGGCACCUUGCCACGAACUCACAGGUAGGUAGAAACAAGAAAGACAUACCCGGGCCACAAUCAUCCACACGCAUCCCCCACUCUACCUUCCUCAUUGAGGUGUGUGGUGUGUGUCAACCACACAGAGGGAGCAUUUAUGGGCGAAGGCAGUGACGUCAUCGACCUCUCGUCGACCGGCGGCACGUCCAAUGCACAGCGGUCCGGAGAGCAGGGCUCCACUGGCGGCACCGGCGGUGCUGCAGAUGAGGCGGCUUUGUGGCAGCUGGCCGCUACAGAAGAGGAGACCGACUGCCGCGGGCUUGGUGUGUGGGAGGAGGAGGGCGACAAGGGGGAGGUGGUGUUUGAGUUCACCCUGCCCCAGCAGCUGCAGGCCGGCCAGUACUGCGCCGCCGUACUCGCAGAAUUCGACCAGGUGCUUGAUUAACAUCAGCCACUUCACGUGUGUCUCAUGUGUUCUCAGCUCGCUCAUCUGCAUGUUUGUUGUGUUUGUUUUGCAGGGCUGGGCGAAGCAGGAGGAGCCCGACCCUCCCUUGAAGCCCCAGGCGCACAUAUCUCAGGCCCGUCUCUACGACAACUACACGGCCGAGAACGCCGGCAUCAUCAUCGAGGGCCACAAGACCUGGCUCUUCCCCAGGGGUACCGCCAGCGAACUCGCCAUCCCAUCAGUGCCCGGCAACAAAGUCGUCUACGGCUUCUCGCUCACAGUGUCGUUCCUCUCCUCCCGGGCCAUCAUGGCCGUCUCGUCGGUGGCCCUUCCGCUGAUCGGGACGCCCCUAUCUGCCGCCGAGCAGGGCAACCCUGUGGACCUCUUCACGGUGACGUUCAACCUGCGCAACGAAUCGCGAGUGUCUGAUGAGCCGCUGGCUGACACGGGGGGCGCUGCCAAGGGACAUGACGCAGUGGAUAUUCUCAUCGCCUCUGUGGUCAGUCAGUGAUUGAACAAGGGGGCGUGGGGACAAACAGAUAGUCGGAUGGUCUCUCUCUCUCUCUCUUUCUCUCUGUGUCUGUGUGUGUGUGUGUGUGCAGCGGCCAGUUGAGCAGGUGUCCCAGGGGCUGUAUGUGUUGCGUGUGAGGGAGUAUGGCGACCUGCUCAAGCCUGGCAACACCUUUGAGGCGGGAGAUGCAAGUAUGGAGGGAGGCAACAAGGCAGGCAGAUCGGCCGGCCUUCUACAUGCAUUGACUCUGAUUCGUGUUCACCACUCAGAGUUGGAGGAGGGCGUGUUGGCUUCCUUCCAAGUGGGCGAGCCCAAGUCACGCGCCAAACCUCUCGAAAACGCUCACGUCGUCUUCGAGACCAGACACAAGGUGGGCAGACGAACAGCUUACACGCAUGCACAUGACAUCGAUGGCACUCAUCAAUCACAUCGCCCCGCCCUCUCUCUCAGAUUGAUGCAUCUCUCGGUGACCUGGUGGGCCGUGGGCUGGCACUCGAAAGAUAUGCGUCUCUUGAGGAGCAGGAGUACCUCGGCGAAGGCCACGCCGUCGUCCCUCUCCCAAUGUCGCCCUCCGCCAGCUCCGACACAGACACAAACAGCACGCAGAGCGCGGUGGUGUUCAGCGACCUCUACCCCACAGCCAACACACCGCCAGCCGACGCAUCCUCCCUCAUCUGCUACAUGCGGGACACCUCACACCAGCUGGUCGUCACGCGGGCCAAGGACCUGAGCCCCUUCAGGGGCUACCUGGUGUAUCGCGACGCGAGCAAGGAGAGCGGGUCGGCUGGGAGCGGUCAGGUGCAUGUGGAUGGGGCCUUGUGUGGGAUAGACAGCGGCAAGGGAGCCGAGAUGACGGUCAGGAGUGCGUCUGGAUGCUGCAAGGCUGUGGAGGUGCAGAGGCCGCUGCCGACCGUCACAAACCCGACCCUCGAUAGGGUCAUUCCCGUCAAGGCGAGAUUCGACCCCAAGGACUGCCAUUGCGGGCCAGGUGUGUAUCCUAUGCGCCUGAAAUUGGGAGAAUGGCGAUAGAUGUUCUGAUAAUUUGCUUCCUUUGUUCUUUUGCCUGCAGGUGAUCAGCUGACGCUCAAUCACGCCAAAACCCUCUACACGGUCAGCCGGCAGCAGCACCAAGGACACCACACCAGCACUUUCUGCUUACACAUCUCUCUCUCUCUCUCUCUCUCAUGCAGUGCACUCUGGGGUACCGCGACCCCGAGUCUGACACGAGUCACCUGACGAGCACGGUGUGUCCGGUGGAGGCCCUAGCGCCUCCCUCCUACCGCGAGUUCAACUGGUGGCAGCAGCUCGUCGUCUUUCUCAUAUUCGUCGUCGCAUCGGCCUGCCUCAUCACCCCCUGUGUGCUGUGGAGGUACAAAAAUGCCGGCGAGCGCAAGGCCACAUACCAGUCGUACCGACUCAGCGGGGAGUCACCGGGACCCACCAUCGAACUCCCGCCACUCGACAAAAGGGUCCCCAAAGGUGAGAAGCCAUGGAUGGAUGGAUGGAUGCCACACAGAAAGACACACCUGUACUUACUGUGAAUGUUGAUCGAUCUGUCAGAUCUGCGCACUUAUGUGGACAAGAGUUCUGAACCCAACGAGCUGCACACGGUGGGCAUCCAGCGGGAGUCACACGAUGCCGCGCAGCCACGUGCCGAAACCAGGGCAGCACCGGGCUCAAGGUCAGGGCGCGAGAGCGUCCGCAAGGAGGGGGGCCGGAGGGAGACCCGCCGCGAUGAGAGUGAGACCCCCGAGAGCCGGGAGAGGGAUCGUAGUAGGGCAGAGGGUGUGGGGGAGGGGGGCGGGGGCGACGCUGUGGGGUAUGAGGCUCCACCCAUGAUCAAUCUCGAGGAGGAGAAAGACUCGGUGACGCUGCUGUGAGUGAUGGGUGGUGGAUAGUCGUUGAUCCAUGUGAUAGCCAGGCCGAACAGGCUGAGUGCAGCUGUGCUGUUGAUUCAUGCGCACGCACCUAAUUAAGGGAUGCGUGGGCGGGGGCGGGGAGGUCUGUCGUGAAUGAAGCCAUGACGCCGUUGUCGUCGAUUGCUCUGAGGAGAGGUGCGUUUUUACUGUUCUGUCUUGGUGAGUGUGUGUGUGCGCGUGUGUGUUGUCCUUGGUAGCUGACUGCCUGUGAGUGAGAGCAGGCAGGCAGUCGGGCCUCCUGUGAGUGUGUCUUUUGGAUUGCGUGUAGAGGUUGGCUGCUGAGAAUGUAUGUGUCUUGAGACAUGUGGAGUGAGACCGAUGGAUGGAUGGAUGAUGUGAUGUCAGCCAAGGACCUUUUUGCC